AUGGAUAAUAAUACCCUCAAAACUGCUAAAAAGAGCAAACAACAUUCCCAACACGACAACAUUAACAAUGCCGCCACCGGCACCGGCGGAAAAGACAGAUUGAGCCCUCUCCCAGACUUUCUUCUCGGCAACAUUCUCUCUCGCCUCCACCUUGAUUCAGCAGCCGCCACUUCCGUCUUAUCUCAAAGAUGGCGCGGUCUCUGGGCCCGAUUCCGCACCUCCGUCAUCCUCGAUUGCCAUCGCUUCCCGCCAUCAACGACCACAUUCUCCUGCUGCUCUGGCUCUACCCGCGGUUUCCUCACCAUCAUCGAUCACAUUCUCCGGCAACUUAAUUCUCGUCAAAUCUUCCACUUCAAUCUUUGUAUCAUGUAUCCUUUGGAAAAUGACGAAAGGGAACUCUGCUCCCAGCUUUUGCAAUCAUGGCUUCAAAUAUUUUGCCGUCGAAAUCUGAAAGAAAUCAAGGUAAAGCUUGACUCUAACUCCUGUGGAUAUCAAGGACCUUUAAUUCCAUUACCAACUAGUAUUUUUCAGUGCUCGUCCCUCAUCGUGCUCGAAUUAAAAGGAAAUUUUGAUUGUAAAUUGCCUGAAAAUAAAGUUAUUGCUCUUCCAAAUUUAAAAAAGCUCGACAUUGAUCUCCCUGCUUUCAACAAUGGAUUCAUUGGGACACUAAUCACACUACUUAAGUCUUGCCCGCUUUUGGAAAUUUUAAUCUUGGCAUUAGAAUUUUUAGUAGAUGAAUUUGUUGUUUACAUAUGUGCUCCAAAUUUGAAGACUUUUCGAGCAUCAAUGUCGGGAACGUCACACCGUAGUAGGUUCUUAAUUGAUGCAUCUAAGCUUAUACACGUUACUAUAGACGGCAUGUUGGCAUUCUAUAGCUUUGUCCACCAACAAGAUACACUGCAAGUUGCAAAUAUUGCCUUUGAUUCUGAUAUUUUCGAAAGUGGAAGCGAUUACCUUAGCUCGAUUUUCGAGCUUAUUGGAGGAAUAUCUAGCAUUAGGUUCCUUCAAUUGUCGGAUAAUCUUGCUCUUUUUAACAUUUUCAACCAUAUGAAUGCUAAUGCUUUUUGGCCAAUCUUUCGCAAUCUGACGAAGCUCAGAUUGGAGGGUCCUUCAAGGGACUAUGUGAAUGAGAGAGCUCCGAUACCAACAUGUGUAUUGAAGAAGCUCAAGUGGGUAAAGAUAACGGAAAUUGAUGGGGACGACAGUGAUAUAGAGUUCCUAAAGUAUAUCUUACAGCAUGCAGACGUCUUAAAGAAGCUUAUUGUUUCAAUUUAUGUUAACAUUGGUGUCAGUGAAGGUGAGGAUGGCGAAAGAGAACAACUAUGGAUGGAAUACAAGUGUUGUAGGGCGUUGUUCGAUUUCCCUAAGAGAUCAUUAGGUUGUGAGAUUGUGUUUUAUGGUGGCUAUAUAACUGAAGCAUCGAGCAAGGACUUGAAAGACGAUUUACUUGCUAGUAAAAUUAGUUAUUUUAAAUGAGAAUUGUCUGAAUGAAAAUCAUCAGUAUUCAACACUGGUACGCUCAUCUUUUCGUUUUCUCAGGUACCAGUAUUAUUCCCUUGGAUGUACUAAACUGCUCUCAUCCUUGAUUUCUGUACUAUAUUGUGAUGUUGUUUAUCAUUUCCUGUUAGUUGUAUCCUUGAUCUGUACGAUAUGUGAAGAUGUUUUGGAGCAUGAGAGGUACAAGGAUUUGUAUAACAUUUUAUGCUACAAUAAUAAUAAUGAUAUUUUAAAUAAA